AUGGAUGAAAUCAAGAGAACUAAAGCUAGCAUUGCAGAACUAUGGCAUCAAGAGGAGAAAUAUUGGGGCCAACGCUCUCGGUUGAAGUGGCUUAAGUGGGGAGAUAAGAACUCGAAGUUCUUUCACGCCACUACAAUUCAAAGGAGAGGUAGAAACCACAUAAGCAAGAUCAAAGACGAAUCAAGGGUUUGGAAAGAAGGAACCUCACACAUUCUGGGAGCUAUUGAGGACUACUAUACUGACCUCUUCAAGAGCUCAGGCCCGAGGGACAUCAUGAAGGGCAUAGCUGCCAUUCCUCAUAAGGUUCCACAAGCUUGCAAUGACAGCCUUGAGGACCCGAUUCUAGAAGCUGAUAUCAAACUUGCCAUAGAUAGCCUUGGUGAGCUCAAGGCCCAUGGGCCUGAUGGCCUCAAUGGCAUGUUCUACAAGCAACACUGGCCAACAAUUAGAGAAAAUGUUAUUACUAAGAUCCUUGUCACUAAGCUCAAACCAUUCCUGAAUGACCUAGUCUCACAAGCUCAAAGUGCCUUCAUCAGUGGAAGACAGAUCCAAGAUAAUAUCCUCGUGGCCCAAGAAGCCUUCCAUUUUCUUAAAAAGUCUAGGAGAGGACCAGGUGAAUUCAUGGCUCUAAAAUUAGACAUGAACAAGGCUUAUGAACGGUUGGAGUGGGACUUCCUCCAACCUUGCUUGGAAGCCUUUGGCUUUAGUGAAAAAUGGGUGACUAGUAUCAUGACUUGUGUGAAAGUUGCUGAAGCCAUGUCUUACAUGCUCAUUAAAGCUCAAGAAGAAGGGAGAAUCAAGGGAAUGAAAAUUGCUCCAAAAUGCCCCGUGGUAACCCACCUCCUUUUUGCUGAUGAUUCUCUCAUUUUUGCUCAAGCAACACAAGAGGAAGCUUACCAACUUGUUACUAUCUUAAAUGACUACACUACUGCCUCUGGCCAGAAGAUUAGCACGGAGAAAUUGGGGAUCAUCUUCAGCAAGCACACCUCUCAAGCCACUCCUAGGUUGGUCCCUGAAAUCCUAAGCAUGCAAGAAUGGAGUGCCCCAGUGAAGCAGGCAUGGAGAGCUUACAAUAAUCCAGGGGCAUUAUGGAUACAAAUCCUCAAGGGACUCUAUUUCCCCAAAACUGAUUUCUUGAAGGAAACCAAAGGUAGAGGAUCUUCGUGGGGAUGGCAAAGCCUUGUUCAUGGCAAGGAUUUCGUGAAAAGUGCAGGCCAGUGGCUAAUAGGAAACGGUAAGACCAUACAAAUACAUUGGGACUUCCAGAAGCUGCUUGCUACCCUUCCAAGAGAUGCAGCCUUUCAAGCUCUCCAGAUUCCGCUAGGACUGACUGAAGGAGAAGAUAAACUAUGUUGGCCUUAUACCAUUGAUGGUAACUACUCAGUGAAAUCGGGAUACCAAGUGGUUAUCUCUCGCUGCUCACCUGAGAACUCUCCACAAGGCUACAACCAGCAUCAAGAGAAUGAUCCUAUCUGGAAAUUAAUUUGGAACUUACAGGUCCUAGGAAAAAUUAAGCUUUUCAUUUGGAAGCUCUACAACGGUGCCCUGCCAGUGAAAGCUAGUCUCCAUAGGCGAGGAAUCGCCUUGGACCCUAUAUGCCCCCAUUGCAAUCAGCAACCAGAGGAUAAUGCUCAUGCUCUAAUUGGUUGCCAUUUGACUCGUGAGGUCUGA